GAUACAGGCAAUGUUUUUAGUCUGUUCUCUUGCUGUUUUCAUCCCAAUUUCGCUCUCAUUUUGGCUCUUAGACAUCCUCAUCGGUAUCUAUGGACGCCCAGAAGGAUUUGAAAGUGAACCAGUGACGCCAUGGCGAUGUCUGCUGUCCAUUCUCAUCCCAAUCUUGGUGGCAAAAUGGGGGCUCGCCAGAAAGAGUCUGGAUGCAUCAGGAGCUAUAGCUGGUCUGCUUGUCGGGUUCAUACUGACCAUCAGCAAUGCCUGUUUCUUCGCCUCACUGCUGGCAUUCUUUGUCCUCGGGUCUAAAGCUACUAAGUUCAGGAGCAAGAGAAAGAAGGGAUUUGAAGAUGAUUUCAAAGAAGGUGGCGAGAGGAACUGGAUCCAAGUGCUCUGCAACGGCGGAACGGCCGCUCAACUCGCUGUCAUCUACCUCCUCGAUAACGGACCAAGCGAGACAGCCAUAGACUUCUCAAAAAAAUACAACGCCUCCUGGCUGUCGAUGGCGGUACUGGGUGCCCUGGCGUGCAGCUGCGGCGAUACAUUUUCAUCCGAGUUUGGUUCAGCACUUGGGAAGGGCAACCCAAGACUUAUUACCACUUUGAAAAAAGUGCCAAGAGGAACAAAUGGAGGAAUCUCCUUCUGGGGCUGCCUUAGCAGUGCACUCGGAGGAUUACUUGUGGGCCUGGCUUAUUAUUUGAUGAUGGUGUUCAUUAUGAGUCCCACCGUCUUGUCUAUGAGCCCGGAGCAAUGGCCGGUCAUUUUGGUGGGAAUGUUUGCCGGGAUUCUCGGCUCAACAAUUGACUCGUUACUUGGUGCAACACUACAAUACUCAGGUUAUGACAAAGAGAGAAAUUGCAUUUCACAUUCCCCAGGGAAGGAUGUCGAGUACAUUUCAGGAGCCGCCAUCCUUGACAACGAUAGCGUCAACCUCAUCGCAGCGUUACUGACUGCCCUGUUUACGCCAAAGAUUGCUUUCCACGUGUGGUGGUACUUUACAUGAAAUUGACUGGUUUACAUUCGAAAUCUGGUGUUAUUAGCUACAUGUAGGUUGUGGAUUUCAAGGGAUGACUAUGAUGUCGUUCCAUUUUGUUUAGUUUUAUUUUCGAGUGCUACAUGUAUGGAAACUCAUGGCCAAGUGGUUUACACUGUUGGCUACCAGGCAAUAGGGCCAACGUUUGAUUACAGGGAGAACCCAAGCUUUGCUUGCAUAUAUAUAUAUUUAUGUAAAUAAUUUCUGUAAACAACUACUUCGUUAUUUCAACUGAGCAUUUCUUUCAGUUCUUGAUAUGAUCAGGAGGUACAAUUGCUUAGUUGCACUUUGUCACAGCUGUUAAAGGUGCUGUGUGCUGCAGCAAAAAUAAGUCUUAGUUAUUGGUAACAGUGAUAUGUGCAUGUAAUCCUUUGGUUUUGGAGAAAGCAAAGUAAGAUAAGCAUGUCUUCGCCUCCUGUUUUGUAAAACAGUA